AUCACAAAAUUAAAGAUAAGGAGCAAGCAAGAGAAAAGAUCCACUCAUUUUCCCUCGAGUCUCUUUCAUUUUUCCUUCUAUCACAUUUUUCCUCGAAUAUCUCUCUCCUCUCACAUUUUUCCUUAAUCUCUUUCACUCUGAUUGCAUAUUACACCAUGCCUCCUGCUCUUCAUUUCCUUUCUUCCAUGCUCACCCAAUCAUCCUUCCAUAGGGCGCUCUCUCUCUCAUCAAAACUCACAAACCACUCAUCAGAAAUGUCCUCAAAGCUCCAUUUAUCAGAUCCACCAAAAGCUCUUCAGUCCAUUAAAAAAAUCUCAGAAAACAACUCCAAAUUAGGGACCCAAAUUUCCUUGAAUAUCAGUGAAAAGCCUCUCCAACAUAGUGAGAAAACACAUCCAAAGAAACCCACUUUACAGUCUCAAAUUCAAUCCAAUUUGGACGGAGAAACAUGUAAUUUAGAUGGCCAAAUACCCACAAAAAACCAUGAGAAAACCCAACUGAAACAACCCAUUUUAGAGGACCAAUUCCCGUUCGAGAUCAAUGAAGAAGAGCUCCAAAUCCCACCUCACUUAGACCAAGAAAUCCCUGAUAAAUUCAAAGAGAUGAUCCUGUGCCUUGAGAUCAUGGGCAUCGACUCAGGUAGAGCUCUCUCUCUAAACCCAUCUCUGCACUCUACAAGUCUAGACUCCAUUAAUAGAAUUCUCUCCUAUCUCCAAACCAAAGGAAUUCACCAAAAAGACAUCCCAAGGAUCAUAGGAAUGUGCCCAAAGAUCUUGACCUCAAGCAUAGAAAAUGACCUCAAACCAGUGUUCCUCUUCCUAGAAGAUGAAAUGGGAGUCCCACACAAGAGCUUCAGGAAGCCCAUCACCAAGUGCCCAAGGCUUCUGGUUUCUAGUGUGAGAGACCAGCUCAAGCCAGCUCUUUUCUACUUAGAGAAACUGGGUUUUAUGGAGAGAGAGGCACUUGCCUUUCAAGACCCCAUUUUGCUUGUUUCUAGUGUUGAAAACAUCCUCAUUCCAAAGCUUGAGUUUAUUCAGAUUCUAGGGUUCAGUUAUGAGGAGGCAGUGCAAAUGGUGUUGAGGUGCCCUGCUCUUUUCACUUUCAGCAUUGAGAAUAAUUUUAAGCCAAAGUUUGGGUAUUAUAUAGAUGAGAUGAGAGAGAAUUUGGAGGAGUUGAAGGAGUUUCCUCAGUAUUUUGCAUUUAGCUUGGAGAAAAGGAUAAAACCUAGGCAUGAGGAGAUGGUGAGGAGUGGGGUUAGGUUGCCUUUGUCUACUAUGCUCAAGAGCACUGAUGAGGAGUUUAGAGAAUUGAUAAAGGGUCGGAGUCCAGUGAGUGGUGGUUGAUAUAGGGUGCUCUCUCUUUCUGGGUGACCUAUAGCUUAAUUUUUAAUGCUCUUGAAUAUCUAUUGGAAUUGCACUAACAUUUCACCUUGGAAGAGUCUAAUAACUGCCUGUAUAGAUUCAGGCCAUAGCAUUUGAAUUCAUGUAUGUUUUUCAGGGAUGAAGUUUCUACAAGGCCUAGGCUUUGAAUGAAAACCAAAUAAAUGCCUCACCUCAAA